ACCCUGCCCACGGCAUCUUCCUCCGCCUCUCCAUUCAACUCUUGGCCAGGCACGAGUUAAGUUCAGAGAGCGCAGCUGCGCGCAGCAGCGCAGGCGUCCAGAGCGCAUGGCUCUCCCCACCCCCGGCAGCUGGAAUCCCGGGAACUGUAGUUCUCCCUCUGGCGGAGCUACAGUUCCCGGCACCCUCUGCAAACUACAGUUCCCAGGGUUCUUUGGGUGCGCUUCCAGCAGGCGAGGGUGGGCGGGGUGGCGGCGGCGGCUGGAGAGCCAUUUCCUUUCUGCUCGCACGGCCGGCGAGGCUCCACCUCUUCCUCGAGAAGCUGGAUUUUGAAUUUCCCAACGCAGGGGGCUGCCUCCGCCGAAGAAGCAGCGCUUUCCCAAGCCCGAUCGCCGGUGGUAUCCCAGGUGAGGGUCUCCGGAAGGAGGGCCGGGGGGCGGAGGAGGGGUCUGGCGGGGCUGGGAAGGGGGGCGAGGCUGGAAAUGGGGUCCCCGGGUCGGGGCGGUGCAAUGGUGCGCCCUCGCCUCCCCAGCUCGGCUCAGGCGCAAAGCAGAGGCGGAAAGGGCGGUCGGAGAUGGCCGGGAACACAACUUGAAACGAUGCGGUUAAUGCAGGGUUAAUCUGGCGCAGGAACAAUCCCCCAACGCUCAUACCCUCCCAACAUUUCUCCAAUGGCAUCAUCAUCAUCAUUUUAUGAUUUAUGGGUUUCCCCAGCCACACUGGGCGGCUUCCCACAUACAUAAAAAAACAUUUUAAAACUUCCCUGUGCUGGGCUGCCUUCAAAUGUCUUCUAAAGGUUGUAUAUAGUUACUGAUCUCCUGGGGGGGGGGGGAGGUCGCAAAACUCCGUUACUCUCCAACAUUGAAAAUAGAGGCAUCCCAAUGAAAAGUGGGAUCAAAUCAGACAUGGGGGCAGCUUCUGCAAAUCCAGGACUGUCCCUGGAAAAUAUGGACGCUCGGAGGGUCUGUAAGACUGGCACUGCCGCACAACAGCAGUGAGUUUUGUGUGGAGCCCUUUGAAGACUAAAGGGUCUAUUUUGGCCUUAGGCACGUUUGUGGAACUUCCACCAGCUCAUUUUGUUUUUAAUGUUGGGUUUUUAAAUUAUUAUUAUUACAUUGAGGGCCACCUUUAUUUUCAAAGGGUCUCAAGUUGGUUUGCCUGGUUCUCCUCUUGCCCAUGCCAUCCUCUCAACAACCCUGUGAGGUGGGUUAGGCUAAGAGAUGAGGACUGGCCCAAGGUCACAUGGCUGAGUGGGGCUUCGAACCCAGGUCUCCCAGGUCCUAGUCCCAGCACUCUUAACCGUUACACCUCACUGGGUUUUUAAUUGUUGUGAUCCGCCCUGGGACCUUAGGACGAAGGUGUGAGGGUUUGUUUGUUUGUUUUUUUCACAAUUGAGCGGUAUACAGUGGCACCUCGGUUUUCGAACGUCUCCAUUUACAAACGCCGUAAACCCGGAACUAAACGCUUCGGUUUUCGAACACGCCUCAGAAGUCGAACAUGCCGCGCGGCUUCUGCUGAGUGCAAGAUCCUGAGGCCUAGCUGCCGGCUGUUGAGUCCUGAGCACGGAGGUGAUAUUUGGGCUUAUUUGGUGACUCUCUUGCAACCGAUUUGUUUUUGUGACUGUGUGCAAUCAAAUCUCUGCUCAUCUCAUCUCAGGAUCCCUCUGCCAAUCACCCCUUUGCUGUGAGAAAUGGAUAACAGCUGCAAAGCCAAGAGAACCAUUAACAGAACAACAAUAGAGGUGAAGAAGGAAAUUAUUUCCAAACAUGAAAGUGGUGCCCGUGUACGUGACCUGGCAAGGCAGUUUGGUAUAGCCAAAUCGACAAUUUGUACCAUCUUAAAAAAUAAAAAAGCCAUUAAAGGAGCCAACGUUGCAAGAGGCGUUAAAACACUUACAAAACAAAGAACGCAGACCAUUGAGGAAGUGGAAAAAUUGCUUUUCAUAUGGAUAACCGAAAAACAGCUGGCCGGUGACAGCAUUUCUGAGAGCCUGAUCUGUGAAAAAGCUUUACGUUUGCAUGCUGACCUCGUCAGAAACAUCCCUGGAGCAAGUGAGGGUGAGAUUUUCAAGGCAAGCAGAGGCUGGUUUGAUAAUUUUAAGAGGAGAAGUGGGAUACACAUUUCGGCGAGACACGGUGAAGCUGCCAUUGCCAACAGAGAAGACGCCGACCAAUUUGUUUUGGAAUUUCAAGAUUACGUAGAGGCUGAGGGUUUCCUUCCCCAACAAGUGUUCAACUGUGACGAGACAGGCCUCUUUUGGAAGAAAAUGCCCAAGAGGACCUACAUAACAGAGGAGGAGAAAUCAUUGCCAGGACACAAGCCCAUGAAAGACAGGCUGACCCUUUUAUUAUGUGCGAACGCAAGUGGAGAUUUCAAGCUGAAGCCUUUGCUGGUCUACCUUUCGGAGAACCCCAGGGUAUUUAAGAAAAACAAUGUCAUCAAAAGCGAAUUGCCUGUGAUGUGGAGGGCAAACAGCAGAGCUUGGCUGACUAGGCGAUUUUUCGUUGAGUGGGUUCACGAAGUGUUUGGGCCAAGCGUGAAAAAAUACCUCCAGGACCAAAAUCUUCCACUGAAGUGCCUGCUUGUUAUGGAUAACGCUCCAGCCCACCCUCCAGGAUUGGCGGACGAGUUGAUGGAAGAGUUUGGUUUUAUCAGUGUCAAGUUUUUGCCCCCCAACACGACUCCCCUCAUCCAGCCCAUGGACCAGCAGGUCAUGUCCAAUUUUAAGAAGCUUUACACCAAAGCAGUGUUCCAAAUGUGCUCUGAGGUGACCUCGGACCCUGAGCUAACCCUCAGAGAGUUCUGGAAGAACCGUUUCAAUAUCCUACAUUGUUUACAUCUCAUAGACAAAGCAUGGGGCGAUGUGUCUCAGAGAACAUUGAAGUCGGCAUGGAAGGAAUUGUGGCCGGCAGCUGUUCCUGAAGGUGUAUUUGAGGAUGUUGGAGAAGAUGCUCCUGUUGUUGAGGAUAUUGUGUCUCUGGGGAAGUCCCUGGGCUUGGAAGUGAGCAGAGAGGACGUCGAGGAGUUAGUGGAGGACCACAAGACGGAGCUCACCACAGAAGAACUCCAGAACAUUCUGAUGGAGCAGCAACAGGCGGCCACUGAGGAAUUGUCUGAGGAGGAGGAGGAAGAGAAGAGAAGAGAAAACGUUCCUACUGCACUGAUCGAAGAAAUGUGUGCGAAAUGGGCUGAACUGCAAAGCUUUGUUGAAAAAUAUCACCCUGAUGCCGCUGCUGUCAGUCAUGCCACCAACACGUUCAAUGAUAGCGCUAUGUCUCACUUUAGACAAAUUUUAAAACAACGGAAAAGAUCCGCUGAGUCUGAACCAGGUGUCAGCGGUGUAAAAAGGGAAGGCAUGGCAGGACGGGAGUCAGCUAGAGGGAUUCUGGAAGAGGGCUACAGGACACUUGAACAGCAGUCACCUUUUGUGAUUAUUGAAGGGGACUAUCAUCAUCUUUGCAGGUAAGAAAAAAAAAUGACAUUUCCGUUUUUAUCAUCUACAGUACUGUUUUUACACUAGUGGCCAAAAUUGUGGAAACCUUUUGGGGAAAGUGUAUUUCAAAGGUUUGGUGGCUCAUAACACCACUUUUUGGGGGGAGUAAUACCAUAAAAUCAGUGCUUUUUUCAGGGAGGGGGGACACAGGGGUAUGCAUACUCCUAAAUAUUUUGUGAAUCUUUGUACUUUUCUCCAUUUACUGUAUUUAUUUUUCCCAAUUUGAACUAUAAUUUUCUUCAGACAAAAUGAGAGUACCCCUAAACGUUUUUUCAGGAAAAAAAGCACUGCAUAAAAUUAUAUACCAAUGGAAAUAUAAUUUAAUGAAGAGUGUAAUGCAACAAAGUUUGUUCAGUUAUCUGUAUUCUAUCAAAGGUUAUAGCCAAAUAACCAGAAAAAGGAGUGUUUAGAGAGCCAAUCAGGUGUCAUCUUGUUUUGGCAAUGAUGGCUCAUGACACCACUUUUUUUGGAGUAAUAACAUAAAAUUAUAUAUCCGUGGAAAGAUAAUUUAUUGAAUAAUGGAUGUAAUGAAGAAGCACCUGUCUGAGCUGCUGCCAGCCAGAGCAGGCGGCACAGAGCUAGGUGGGGUAAUGGUCUGGCUCUGGAUAAUGCAGCUUACUGUGUCCUGUCUAAGCCAUGUGUCACACCCUUAAAAAUAAUAAAAAAAUAAUUUUGAAAAUUAUUAUUAUUAUUAUUAUUAUUAUUAUUAUUAAUUGAACUUCUAUAUCGCCCUAUACCCAGAGGUCUCAGGGUGGUUCACAGAACAAAAUCAAAGUAUAAAACCACAAAAUAUAUACAGUGGUGCUUUGGUUCUCAAUCUGUUCCAGAAGUUGGUUCCAAAACCAAGGUGCGCUUUCCCGUAGAAAGUAAUGCAAAAUGGAUUAAUCUUUUAAAAACAACCCAUAAAACAGCAAUUUAACAUGAAUAUUACUAUCUAAUGAGACCAUUGCUCCAUAAAAAUGAAAGCAAUAAACAAUGUACUGCAGUUACACAGUCAUUCAAUCAGUAGCUGAACUGGGUUCCACACAAUCACAAAAAUAAAAACUGCAAAACUGAAAAAUAUACAGUGGUACCUCUGGAUGCGAACGGGAUCCGUUCCGGAGCCCCGUUCGCAUCCUGAAGUGAACGCAACCCCUGCGCGUGACAUCAUUUUGAGCAUCUGCGCGAGCGGCGAAACACGGAAGUAACAUGCUCCGUUACUUCCGGGUCGCCACGGAGCGCAACCCGAAAAUGCUUCAACCCGAAGUAUGACAGCACAGCAAAAACAGGCAGACGUUAGCAUAACACUCAAAACGGAAGCGUAACACUCAGUUCAGAAGCAUAACACUCAAAACGGAGCACGUUCAGCUUCCGAAAAAAGUUUGCAAACCGGAACACUUACUUCCAGGUUUGCUGUGUUUGGGUCCCAAGGCAUUUGAGUACCAAGGUGCCGCUGUAAUCAAAAUCAAAAUAAUAACCCCCCUAUAAAUUUUAUUUUAUGUUUUAUUACGUCACACUUAGCCUUGAAUCCCGUCUCGCCCUUUCUCACCCAGGCCUCAUCAAGCUUGGUACGCGAGGCCACUAAGCUACCCAGGGACGACAAUGAAAGAGGCGCUUGCCGCAGGCUCGGAAGAUUUCAAGACGGGGGUGUUUGAAGAGGCUGUUCCUCACCACAGCCCACUUCACCUGGAGCCCCAGGAGAUCAAGGUGGAGCCAGAGGAAAGGCCUCUCCACUCCUGGGAUGCUCAGUGGCAGGGCUGCCCUCCGGGAGACGAGCCCUCGCAUUCCACGUGGGACGCUGCUCGGCCGUCGGGGGACGAGACCCCUCCGGUUAUCCCGGACGUCCGCCGGGAGCCUGCCGGGAAGGGGAGGGCGAAGCACGUCCCGGCCUUCCGAGACGGAGACUGGAAGAUCUCCAGGACCCUGAAACCAGGAGACCCAAACGGGAAGGGCGAUGUCCCGAGUGGAGGCAACAUCGACACGGAGGCCAAGCGCCAGCGUUUCCGGGGUUUCCGCUACUGGGAGGCCGAGGGGCCUCGCACGGCCUGCGACCGGCUCCAGGAGCUGUGCUACGGCUGGCUGAAGCCGAAGAGGCACACCAAGGAGCAGAUCUUGGAGCUGGUGGUCUUGGAGCAGUUCCUGGCCGUCCUGCCGCCAGAGAUCCAGACCUGGGUGAGGGAUGGUCGCCCCGAGACCUGCGACCAGGCAGUGGACCUGGCAGAAGCCUUCUUGCUGAGGCCUCAAGAGGUAGGGAGCGGGUGGGAAGGGCAGCUGAGGGGUUUGGGGGGGUGGGAAAACUUCCUCGGGGGAAUAUGACAGGGUGGUGGCGUGGGUACAAGGAGCAGGGAGCCUGGACCCACAUGGGCAAGGACACAAGCUCACCCAGUGAGUGGGGAUUCGAAUCCGGGUCUCAAUAACAACAACAACAUAUUAUUUAUACCCCACCCAUCUGACUGGGUUUUCCCAGCCACUCUGGGCGGCUUCCAACAGAAUUUUAAAAUACAAUAAUCUAUUAAACAUUAAAAGCUUCCCUAAACAGGGCUAGGGACGCGGGUGGCGCUGUGAGUUAAACCACAGAGCCUAGGACAUGCCGAUCAGAAGGUUGGCAUUGCGAAUCCCUGCAACGGUGUGAGCUCCCAUUGCUCAGUCCCUGUUCCUGGCAACCUAGCAGUUCGAAAGCACGUCAGAGUGCAAGUAGAUAAAUAGGUACCACUCUGGCGGGAAGGUAAACGGCGUUUCCGUGCGCUGCACAUGACCCGGAAGCUGUACGCCGGUUCCCUCGGCCAAUAAAGCGAGAUGAGCGCCGCAACCCCAGAGUUGGUCAUGACUUGACCUAAUGGUCAGGAGUCCCUUUACCUUUACCUUUAAACAGGGCUGCCUUCAGGUGUCUUCUAAAAGUCUGGUAGUUGUUGUUCUCUUUGACAUCUGGUGGGAGGGCAUUCCACAGGGCGGGUGCCACUACCGAGAAGGCCUUCCUGGUUCCCUGUAACUUGGCUUCUCGCAGUGAGGGAACCACCAAAGGCCCUCUGCACUGGAUCUUGGUGUCUGGGCUGAACGAUGGGGGUGGAGAUGCUCCUUCAGGUAUACUGGACCGAGGCCAUUUAGGGCUUUCAAGAUCAGCACCAACACUUUGAAUUGUUCUCAGAAACGUACUGGGAGCCAAUGUAGGUCUUUCAAGACCAGUGUCUUUCAAAACUCUCUUAACAGUUACGCUAUACUGGGUUUUAAAUUGUUGUGAUCCUCCCUGGGACCUUAAGGUGAAGGUUUGAGAACCCAUUCAUCAGUUGCUCAGUCUCUCUCCCUUCCACACAAUAAAAUCAAAACACAUCCAGCUCACAUUUAAAAGCACCCGACUUCUCCCCAAAUAAUCCUGGGAAUUGUUGGUUGUUGAGGGUGCUGGGAAUUGUAGCUGUGUCGGGGGCGGGGGAACUACACUUCCCAUGAUACUUUUAGGGAAGUCUUUGUGUAGAGCUGCUCUCCAUUGCUCACAAAAGACCCAUUCAUUCUUACUGGGAGGGAAAAGAACAAUGGUGUGUUGUGAGAGGAAAGUGGAUAGAGAGAAGUUUUUUCUCUUGUCAUAAUCCUGGCCUGCUAGAUGUUGGCAGGCAGGGUUGAGGGAACAGCAAUACAGUGGUGCCCCGCAAGGCGAAUGCCUCGCAAGACGAAAAACCCGCUAGACGAAAGGGUUUUCCGUUUUUCGAUGCGCUUCGCAAGACGAAUUUCCCUAUGGGCUUGCUUUGCAAGAUGAAAACAUCUUGCGAGUCUUGCGAUUUUUUUCUCUCCCCCCCUUUUUCUAAGCCGCUAAUAGCUUUUUAGCCGCUAAGCCUUUAAUAGCCGCUAAUAGCGCUAAGCCGCUAAUAGGGUUGCUUCGCAAGACGAAAAAACCGCUAGACGAAGAGACUUGCGGAACGGAUUAUUUUUGUCUUGCGAGGCACUACUGUAUGUGAAGAGAGCCGCAGCAUUUGGACCUUUUUUAGUUUAGACAAAAAGUGAGCAUGGCCAGUCUCUCUUUUGAUUCGUUCAGGCUCCCAAUUCUGAGGCCGGAUCCACAAAACCACAUCUCAUUCUUGACUGAAACGGUUGGUCAAGACUACUACCCAUAGCUGUCAACGUUUCCCUUUUUUUAAGGGAAAUUCCCUUAUUCCGAAUAGGAUUCCUCGCAAGAAAAGGGAAAAGUUGACAGCUGUACUUCUACGUGAACCUAGGGGGUGGGCUGUCUUUUCCUUCUUGAGGGGCGCAUUCCCUUCUGAGGGCCACGCUCCAGAGGCAGAAGUGAGAGGAACAAUGGAUUCAAAAUUUAUUUUUAUAUAGGACGGUGGGCUAGUUUCUGCGCAAACUCACAUACCCCUCUCUAAUCCAGACAUGAUCAGAGCUCAAGAACACAUCAUGGAGGGAGAGAGGAGCGGAGGCUACGAGGGGAGUUGCUCACCCCUGCCUUGGACUGUGAUUUGUUUUUCUCUCCAUUUAUAUCCCACCACCUUCUCCAAGGAGCCCAAGGUGCUGCACAUGGCAUCUUCCCCUCCUUAUUUCAUCCCCACAACAACACUGUGAGGUAGGUUAGGCCUAGAGGCAGCGACUGGCCUGAGGUCACCCAGCGAUCUUCCAUGGCGAAGUGGAGAUUUGAACCCUGGUCUGCCAGGUCCUGUUCUGGUGGCACCUGGCUCUCAGUACGACAGUUGUGGUCUGCGGGGGGCAUAGGCCGGAGUCUGAAUUGGACAGCCUGCUGUUGUGUCUUAAUAACGGGGGUCACAUUUGGCUGUUUUAGGAUCUGGACACGUACGACGAAGUGGUUGUGGGCCUGUCGGAUGGAGACCAGGCUUUGAUGGAGACCGAGGUGAAGGAAGAGGUCGACGACAGCCCCAGCUCGCCAGGUAAGGCUUUCUUGCCUCUUAAAUUCUGUGCUUUCCGAAGGCAGCUUUGGUUGAAAAGAGCCUGGCUGCUGCGUCAGGCCAGAUACGAUACAAUACAAUAAUCUUUAUUGUCAUUGUGCCAUACAGAACAAUGAAAUUGAAAAAUCUGCAUAAGACAUUCAAAACCCAACAAGCCUGCUAUCCCAGCCUGGUUAGCCCCCUAAAAACUUUGAUACCCCAUCUUUAAAUACAAGAUACUCCCCUACAGACUCCUUAAAGGUAAAGGUAAAGGGACCCCUGACCAUUAGGUCCAGUCGUGACAGACUCUGGGGUUGCAGCGCUCAUCUCGCUUUACUGGCCGAGGGAGCCGGCGUACAGCUUCUGGGUCAUGUGGCCAGCAUGACUAAGCCGCUUCUGGUGAACCAGAGCAGUGCACGGAAACGCCGUUUACCUUCCCACCGGAGCGGUACCUAUUUAUCUACUUGCACUUUGAGGUGCUUUCGAACUGCUAGGUUGGCAGGAGCAGGGACCGAACAAUGGGAGCUCACCCCGUCACGGGGAUUCAAACCGCCAACCUUCUGAUCGGCAAGCCUUAGGCUCUGUGGUUUAACCCACAGCGCCACCCGCGUCCCGUACAGACUCCUUACAAUGCAUUUAAAACCAACAUCGCAUUUGGGUAGAAGCUGUUUCUCAGGCAGCUAGUCCUAGUCUUUCUAACCCCUGUACCAGAAGGCAGAAGCUGAAAGAGAUCAUUUCCGGGGUGCUCACUAUCUCUGAAACUUUCUUAUGGCACCUGGAAGCGUAGAUUUGAUCCAAGGUGGGAAGAAUGCACCCAAUUAUUCUCUCCGCAGUCUUUACAACCCUGGACAGCUUUGUUUUUCCCCUGACCGUGCAGUUCCCAAACCACACACACACACCAUAAGUUAAUACACUCUCAACAGUACAAUGGUAAAAUGCCAUCAACAGGUCCUUUGACAGCCCCACCCUGUUCAGGAUCCUGAUCUCCCAUUGGCAACCAGGGGAGCCCACAAGCAGCACCCAAAGGCAACAGCACUCCUCCUCUGUGGUUUACAUCUGUUGUUGUUGUUGUUGUUUUAUUGAAUAAAAACCACAAUAUAUAUAUUCAAAAUAAAAACAACAACCCAAUAAUACCCCCCCAAAAAAGAGGCACAUUUUAAAAGAGUAUAGGAUGUCAUCAGGUCAACCAAAGGCCUGGUUAAAAAGGAACAUUUUUGACAGCGCCUAAAGGUGUAUAAUGAAGGAGCCAGGCGAACUUCCCUGGGGAGAGCAUUCCAUAGACAGGGAGCCACUGCAGAGAAGGCCCUGUUCUCGCCUUGCCACCCUCUGGACCUCUCAUGGAGGAGGCACAGAAAGAAGGUCCUCAGAGGAGGAUCUCAGGGUCUGGGAAGGUUCAUAUGGAAAGAGGCAUUGCGGUCCUGAGCCAUCUAAGGCUUUAUAAGCCAAAGCCAGCACUUUUAACUGGGCCCGGAAAUGGGACCCCUGUCUGAAAUGAUCUGGGAGGCUUUGACUGUGAUAGGGAGGAAACAGGAAGGGAGGGUAAAAAGGAUAAAAGUUGGUGGCAAUGUAAAAUCAUUUAAAAGGCCUGAGAAAAGGCAUAUAAAGAUUGGAAAGGAAUGUGAAAAAUGAUUGUUGUUUAAAAAAAAUGAAGUUACGAUAUUGAGAUGUACGGGUCUUGAUGGACUUAUUGAACGAAAUACUUUGUUCCUGUACUUAAGAGUGGACGCCAGGCCAAGACCAGCCAGCUCCCACAAAAGGAAGACUCCUCUGCCAGAGAAGAUGAAGAAGACUGGCAAAAUAAACUCUUGAACUAUGCAGGACAAAUCAGUUAACUUGAAACCCAAGAAAAGAAAGAGGACUUUGAAUUUUAUAAAAAGGGGCAAAUGUUUAAUGCAUAUCUUUUAAGCAUUGUGUAUAGAUUUUUACAUUAGUCUAACUUCUAAAAGUCACUUGUAACAAGUUUAAAAUUGUUUUAGGUUUAAAAUUGGGUUAUUAGGAAUCUAAGGUUUAAAGGAUGUGUGUGAACGAGUACUAAACAAUGGAACCAAGAGGGGGAGUGGAGGGAAGUCAAGCAAAAAGUAUGGUUUAAAAAUUUGUUUAUGAUGUUUUCUUUCUCUUUCUGCAUUAUAGUUGCUAUUUUUAUUUUUGUUUUUGUUGUUACUUUUGGAAAAUUAAUAAAAUGUUAUCAAAAGAAAAAAGAAAAAAUAAUAAUUGGGCCCAGAAACUAAUUGGUAGCCAGUGCAAUCGGAUCAGUAUAAUAGGCUCAAACCGCCUUGCUCCGGUGAGCAACCUGGCCGCUGAAUUCUGCACUACCUGAAGUUUCCGAAAUGUCUUCAGAGGCAGCCCUACGUAUAACGCAUUGCAGUAAUCUAACCUUGAGGUUACCAGCACAUAGACAAUAGUAGUUAGGCUAUUCUUGUCCAGAUAGGGCUGUAGCUGGGCCAGCAGCCGAAGCUGAUGGAAGGCACUCUGGGCCACUGAGACCACCUGAGCCUCAAGGAACAGCAAAGUUGAUAUCCAAAGGCAUUUGCCAUCUCUGACUAUGGCAGGAGAACGUAACCAUUGUGACUUGGGUUCAUGGUAUCCCUGCAGAAAUCCCCUGAGCAUGGGCAGUCCUCUCUGCAUUAUUUUUGCUCACAGCUGUUGGAAGGACAUAACACACAAUGGAAAUGUUAGUGUUUGAAGUCCUAAAUGAUCUGAAAUAAUAAAUAAAUCAUAUAAUUAUUUUUUUAUUUAUACCCCGCCCUUCCCGGUUCAGAAAACCGGGCUCAGCGUGGCCGACAACAAAUUCAAACCAUUUAAUUGAUGCAACAAAAAACAUCAUAAAAUACAGUAUAAAACGUGUAUAACAAUAAAUUCAGAAUUCAAAAAUCAAUUUAGGGGGGAAAUCCAUCCAAUAAACAUUAGAUGAUCACCAGGGCUAGCUGGCUAAGUUAGGCCUAUUUGGGCCAGCGAGGAGACCAGGGGAGAAUUAGCUGUGGGAUCCCAGAGCGGGUAAUCUUCAUAAAAAGGGGAGGGAAGGAAGGGGAAUAAAAGAUCCUGCUAAGUUCAGAUUGAAAGCCAGGCGGAAUAGCUCUGUCUUACAGGCCCUGCGGAAAGAAGUUAAAUCCUGCAGGGCCCUGGUCUCAUGGGACAGAGCAUUCCACCAGGUCGGAGCCAUCACUGAGAAGGCCCUGGCCCUGGUGGAGGAUAAUCUGACUUCCUUAGGGCCCGGGACCUCUAAACUAUGGUUAUUCAUGGACCUUAAGGUCCUCCAUGGGGCAUACCAGGAGAGGCGGUCCUGUAGAUACGAGGGCCCUAGGCUAGGAUAGCAUUAGUGGUUUUUGCUGCUGCAUUACACCGUUGGCUCAUGUCCAGCAUGUGGUCUCUCUGCUUUCUACUUCCUCCAUAGCAUAAUUCUUCCAUGCAUAAUUCUAUACACUUCUGUAAUGUUGCCUCUUACACCUCCUUUUUCUACGGGGCAGACCAGGAGAGGCGGUCUUGUAAAUACGAGGUCCCUAGGCCCCCUCCUUCGCUACAGACCAUCUUCUUGUUUUAGUGGUGUUCAAUAAUCAAAGCUUCGUUAACUUGGAAGGCCUUACAGAUCGGGCUUGGGAUGUUGCACGAGUGGAAGCAAUGGGACUUUCCCUCCUUCUGCCCCCCCCCCCCCAAAUCUGCUCUGGAGGGCUGGGCGAACCCCUAUAAUAACAAUAAUAAUUUAUUAUUUCUACCCCGCCCAUUUGGCCGAGUUUCCCCAGCCACUCUGGGCAGCUCCCAACAGAAUUAAUGAUAUUUUAUUUUUUUAAAGCGAUACAACAUCAGACACUAAAAACUUCCCUAAACAGGGCUGCCUUCAGACGUUUUCUAAAAGUCAGUUGUUUAUUUCUCUGACAUUUGAUGGGAGAGUGGGCACCACUACCGAGAAGGCCCUUUGCCUAGAACAGGCGUAGGGGGUUUGCAGGGUAGGAGACGGGGGGACAUGGUGCUGCGCAAGCAAUUUAAUUCCACGUUGAAUCCCGCUCUAUACGCAAUUCAUUUCCAUGUACUAAAUUCUAUUGCAGUUUCUGCACCCUUGUAGAAGUCUGUACCGGCUUGCACGGUGUUCCGUUCUGAGGUGGACUGCCGCAAUAAAACGCUGUUCUCUUCUGCUCCAGGACAUGAAAUAUUGUUGGAUGAAAGCGGAAAGGAAGCGCGGCAUGUGUCCGCCGAAGAAUCGGAGUCCGAUAUGGAAGAGGAAGAAUGUGAGAUGGAAGAAGGGAGCUUUGGCGAUCCGGGCGGAGCAGAGGGACACAUGGCAAACGAAAUCCAAGUCUGGAAGAUCACGGGGCCCCAGAGCUUGCAGGAGGGCGUGGGCAGACACGUGUGCCCCGUUUGCGAGAGAGCGUUCACUCGCAAAUCGAGCCUCAACCGACACCUGAUAAUCCACUCGGGAGAGAAGCCCUACAGGUGUCUUGACUGCGGGAAGGGCUUCAACCGCAGGACCAACCUGAUGGCUCACGAGGCCGUCCACACCGAAGAGAAGUCCUACCAGUGCUCAGAGUGCGGGGAGAGCUUCAAGCCGAAAUGGGGCAUUGCCCCGUACCAGGUGGAUCCCACGGGGGAGAAGGUCUACAAGUGCCUGUCGUGCAAGAAGAACGUCCGGCAGACGGGCAGCGUGAUGAGCUGGCGGCUGCUGAACGAGCAAGGGAAGGAGAUCCAGCCACAGCCCUCGGACGCGCCGGGCCCCGAGAAGGAGGAGAACGUCCCCGAGCACCAGAACGAACCUGAGAUCGAUCUGGGGAAGGACGUGUCCGUGGGAACGAUCGAGUCGGUGAUCGUUCCGGGUGGCGACCUUUGCUUCAUCAAGACCCCGGCGAAGCUGUACAAGGGGAAGCGGAUGAGCCCCUGCCCCGUGUGCGGCAAGGUCUUUGCCACGCAGUCGAGCGUCAACCGGCACCAGAGGAUCCACACGGGGGAGAAGCCCUACAAGUGUUCCUACUGCGGGAAGAGCUUCAACCAGAAGACCAGCCUGCUCACCCACGAAGUCAUCCACACCGAGGAGAAGCCGUACCAGUGCUCCGACUGCGGGAAGAGCUUCCGGCACUCGUCGGGCCUUCAAGUGCACCAGAGGAUGCACACGGGAGAGAAGCCGUACACCUGCCUGGUCUGCCGCAAGAGCUUCAGCCAGCGGGCGCACGUGAUCAAGCACAUCGUGAGGAAGCACAAGGGGGAGAAACCCUCGUCCUACGUCUCUCAGCCGUCUGAGAGCUGAGGCGUGUGUCCCCUCCGGCCUCCCGGACUAAGAUACAAGAGCAGACUGCAGUCUUAGCGUAGUUUGUUUAGGUGUAAGAAUCCCCGCCCGUUCAGGAUCCGUUCCUGACUUUUUGGGACUGGACAUGCCUCUUUCUUGGAAAGAGAAAAAUCCCAGGCCAGUGUACUCCAGCAGAGUCACAACAGGCACACUCCUCUGAGGGAAUUUGACUGUGCCGCUAUAUUAGAUUUGCUAAAUCGCACUUAGUCUCCGGAUGGGCAGCAUUUGUUGCCGUCUCGUGGAGGCCAACCGGAAAGAGGGAAAACCUCUGCAGUGAAUCGCUUGCGAGUCCUGCCCCUGCUCACUAGCGUACCCUGAUGCCCAGUAUGGGAACUGCAGCGAUAAUUAACACCAGAGCUUUUCGGUUGCCAGACAUCCACCUCUGUAUAUGGUUAGGUUGCUGCUGUGCCAAUAAAUGUGGGUUGGUGGACAUCUGUGGAUGCGCAGAGGGAAUAUACCUCUUGGGCUAUGAAGAACUUGUUGCAAUUCCAUCCUCCACCCCCAUCAAUGAUUUCUCUAUAUUCGGAAUGGAUGGGGCACGAGGAAUACAGUGACAGUUUUCUCUGUGUUAACUGGUCAUGGACAACUUGCAACAUGCAACUAGUCCUAUAUAGUUUCUGUGUGUUUUAGUAACUUGACGUCGGAUUAUGUCUCUGCUGCAAAGUUUUGGUAACUUGGGCUUUGAGCCUCGCAGGUGGGGCUCACCUCUGUGGGUGUACGUAGCAGUGGGCGGCUGAUUCAUUAGGGCAGCUGCUUAUUGGGUCUGGCAGGGCAGAAGGCUGGGAGAGCCAGUCUAGUUCUAGUUUCCCCCUAUUCUCCCUGCUCUGCAAGGAGAACACUGUGUGUGCAGGUGGGUGUCGCUGAGGACCGACUGAGUUUGGUGGAGCAUUGACCCCACCCCCAUUUCCCCUAGUGGGCCAGCCUGUGUUGCCUGCUGCCUGCCGUCUUACAGAUUGCUCAGAGGAGUGUCCCACGCUGCCCUCAGUCCAUUUCUGCCCUUGUAGAACUCAGCGGGAGGGUGGGGACAAAAGCAGAAUUAGUUGGCUCCACCUAUUCCAACUCUAUGAUUCUCUCGUUGGCUCUGGCGCCACCUGCUGUUGGGCUCCUUUCCUCCCGCCCCACCACAGCCACUGACCAUUACUCCCCUUAAGUAGUUCUAGGAUUGCAACCCUAGUCUUUUGGGUAGCGAGGGUGCCGUGUAGUAUUUUUUAUUAAAGUUUAACUCGUGUAUGAAAUGUACGCAGGCAGCCCCGGGUUGAGUCCCCCACCCCCGGCGUCACCCCUUAAAGAAGUGUCUCGGGUGGAACAAUAAGCCUUGGAGCAUUUUUUUUUUAAAGAAUAAAAUAGUAUUUUGUAUCAAAGUAAUAGUUUAGUUAGUUUAUUAUCUGCAUCCCGCUUUUCUACUACAAUAAUUAAAGCGGGUUACAAUUUAUGUAAAAAAUAAAAUAGGCUGGGAAAUAAUUUUUAACCAUACCUUGCAAAAUUGUACACCUUUCAAGCAGUUAAAGAACUGUCCCUUUAAAGAUAUCACUAGAUUGGCCAGCUGACUUGGUGUGAAGCAAGCUUUGUGUGUUCCCUUUGAGGACAAUUUAGGGCAGCUUUCCAAAAAUCCCCUCUGGAUUAGUCUUUCCUGUUCUUGGUGGACUUCCAGAUGUUUUAAUUCUGCCGGCUGGCGCCGGUGGGAGUCGUAGUUCAAACAUCGGGGGAGGCACCUGGUUGGGGAAGGCCGCGUUACAUACUGGGCAGAGCCACGCCACCCAUUUAAAGCACAACCGACGCACAUUUUGAGCACAUCACUUCCCCCAAAUAAUCCCUCAAACUGUAGCUUGUUAAGGUAAAGGUAAAGGGACCUCUGACCAUUAGGUCCAGUCGUGACCGACUCUGGGGUUGCGCACUCAUCUCACUCUAUAGGCCAAGGGAGUCGGCGUUUGUCCGCAGACAGCUUCCAGGUCAUGUGGCCAGCAUGACUAAGCCGCUUCUGGCGAACCAGAGCAGCGCACGGAAAUGCUGUUCACCUUCCCGCUGGAGUGGUACCUAUUUAUCGACUUGCACUUUGACGUGCUUUCGAACUGCUAGGUUGGCAGGAGCAGGGACCGAGCAACGGGAGCUCACCCCGUCGUGGGGAUUCGAACCGCCGACCUUCUGAUCGGCAAGUCCGAGGCCCUGUGGUUUAACCCACAGCGCCACCCGCAUCCCUUGUAGCUUGUUAAAGGUGCAGGGAAUUGUAGCUCCGUGGUGGUGGGGAACUACAUUUCCCAUGAUUCUGUUGGGAAAGCCAUGUGCUUUAAAUGGACGGUGUAGAUCUUCACAGUGCCGCCCUGCAGUAAAUUUCAUGUCUUUGUCCAUGGUGAAAGCAGAUGGAUAAAUAGCCAUCCAUAUAUUGUUGGUGUUGUGCUUUCAAACAGUUAUGGCGCACAGAUCUACAAUUUACAGGGCAGGUUUACAGAGAUGUAAGUCUUACUCAGUUCAAUGGGGCUUACUCCAAGGCGAAUGUGUAUCAGAUUGCAGCCUGAAGCAAAAUUGCUUAAUUUAUGGAGUGCUUGUUUAAAAAAAAGACUGCGGCAGGAGGCACAUGAAAAUGACUUUCUGGAAAGUGUUCACAAAUUGCUUCACUUGGAUCUUAUCAGAAGUUUUCUGUCACAAUGUUUGCCAGUGUUUUCUCUCUCUCUCUCUCUGCAUGGGAAGGUGAGAAACACCUUGAGGGAUUUCUGUGUGGGAGAGACAGCCUGUGAACUACUCAUGAAAUAAACAAUGAAACUAACACCAGCCUCCUAAUUGGGUUCCAGAUCUCCACAGGUUUGAUUUUAUCCAUGAAGAGUAUUAUACCCUCUUUAGCUCCCAAGAGGGCUUAUUAUUAAAACACACCCAGAGAUGUGAUUAUAAUGGAGACAAAAUGUGGCCAUGCGUGGACAGCUCCUGCUUAGGGUGUCAUGCAUCUAAGAAUAUUAAUAAUAAUUUUAUUAUUUAUACCGCACCCGUUGUUCCAAGAUAUCCCAUUCCAUUCCCCGCCUCUGGGUUUCCAUUGUCCACAGGGGUUCAGUUCCUAGCCCACUGAGCAUGCUUGCAGUGUGCAAGCCUAACCAUGUCUACUCAGAAGUAAAAGGUAAAGGGACCCCUGACCAGGUCCAGUCGCGGCCAACUCUGGGAUUGCGCGCUCAUCUCGCUUUAUUGGGAGCCGGCGUACAGCUUCUGGGUCAUGUGGCCAGCAUGACUAAGCCGCUUCUGGCGAACCAGAGCAGCGCACAGAAACGGCGUUUACCUUCCCGCCGGAGCGGUACCUAUUUAUCUACUUGCACUUUGACGUGCUUUCGAACUGCUAGGUUGGCAGGAGCAGGGACUGGACAGCGGGAGCUCACCCCGUCACGGGGAUUCGAACUGCCGACCUUCUGAUCAGAAGUCCUAGGCUCUGUGGUUUAACCCACAGUGCCACCCACGUCCCAUAGUGCAAGCCAUAAGCUUCCUUUAGGCGGUCUCCAGCAUUGCAUCAAAAAUUCCUACAGGUUUUUAAUUGUACUUUUAUCCCUUUAUUUCUUGUCUUGUAUUAGAAUUUUUGAAUUCAAAAUUGCAAUAAAAUACUAUGUAAGAAAU